GCGGUUGGAGAGGGCAUGGAGCCUCUUCACAAGCCGGCCUGUCAGCCGCACUGCCUCUAUCUUGCCAUUCCCUCACCUCUGUUCCCUCUUCACCUAGACGUCUUUGAAGAUAAGAAAGUGAAACACCUGAAGAAGAGCCUUUGCUCAAAAGUGUCACGAGGAAAGAGGAAGAGAGGCUCCAGUGAUCCUGCGGGCCCCGUAGAUAGUGCAGUGAAAAAGAAAGUGACCAAGGUGACUGUUAAAUCUGAAAACCUCAAGGUGAUAAAGGACGAAGCCCUCAGCGAUGGGGAGGAUUUCAGGGACUUUUCACGUGACCUCAAGAAGGUGCAGCAUCCAAAGAGAGAGGCUGCCAUGGGCAAAGGCAGUGACGAAGGAGACGAAGAAAGUGAAGAUGAUUGGGAAGAGGUUGAAGGUGAGGCGUCUUUCCCCACAGUGUAGUCUGGUUGUUUUCUUUUGAAACUGAUAAAACCUAAGACUGAAGAACAGGUUGCAGUAGAAAGUUCCUUUUUCCGUUGAACUCAGAGGCACUGUGCCACUGUACUAUAUCCCCAACCCUUUUUAAUUUGAGAGAGGGGCUUUCUUAAGUUGCCCAGGCUGGCCCUGAAGUUGCCAGCCUCCAGUCUAACCUCCCAAGUAGCUGGGAUUACAGAGAUGCACAACCAUGCCAGGCAGAACUUGGUUUAAUAUAAGGAAUACUCUGUGAGCAAGAUACCAAAGAAGGUGGUAGCGCUGGGGGUAUAGCUCAGUGGCACAGCGCCUGCCUGACAAGCACAAGGUCCUGAGUUCGAUUCCCGGUACGAAUAAAACACAAAGAAGGUGGUAUAUUGUCUUGCUCUGGUGACUGCCAAAGGGGAAGCUGUGAAUAGAGAGACAGUUUUGGAGUACUCAGACUGAGUGCAGACCCUAACCUCGCCUCUUAUAUUGCUCCCCGAGCAGGAACUUGACUUUCCUGAGCUCAGCUUUUUCAUGGGUAGCAUUCUACAAACACUGGGUGUUUAGUAUGAGCAUGUAUUCUAGGUUUAGGACUAUUGUGGGAAGAAAAUGUUUGCAAAUGCAAGAAGUUGGAGCAUCAUAUGCUCAGUAAGUAGCAGUAAUGUGAUCAUUCCUGAUUUCUUCUGUUGAACAUGAUUUUUUUCCCCAGCAUUUUACUUUCAAAGUAUUUAAACCUACAAAAACUGAAAGUGUGUGGACAGUCUCUUCACCUAGAUUUGUCAACUUUCACAUGUUGUGGGACCAUUUGAGAAUAAGUUGCAGACAUCCUGACACUGCUUCUAAACACUUCAGCAUGCCCUGAGAGUAAGUCAUUGUCCUCCCUGGCAAAGCAACAUUAUCACAGUUAAGAGAAAAAAAUAAGUCCCCAGUUGUAUGCUGGACAUGGUGGUGCAUGCCUAUAAUCCCAGCACUGGAGA